CCCACUGAUUGUAAAGAGAGGGACAAUUGGUCCUUUAGCCUGAUUGGGUCCCCAGAUAGGCAACAACUCGGGGAUGAGAGUGUGCAGACAGGCAUGAGAGGCAGCAACAGAGCAGAGGCAGCACGAGAAGACAUAUAUUUAUUUUUAUAUAAUAGUGCACGGAGGGAACUUUACAAAGAGGCCAGCCAGAGAGAGGCAGCGUGGACUCAAGGUGACUUUAGGGAAACUGAUGCUCUGCAGGCAGCGGCUUUCACAACUUUUUUUUGCAGAAGAGGGGGGAAAUUUAGCGAGCGUGCAGGGAAAAAGAAGAACAAAGAGAUAAGAGGAGGAGAAUUUUUCCCACAUAAGGAGGAGUAAAGUUGAAAAGCAGAAAGGUCGCCGGCAGCAAGUCAGAAAAACGGGAACCGAGAAAUAACUGCCCUCGAAGGGGAAAGAGUCUUUUCAAAUACGACUCACGAUGGGAGACGGAUUGCAUCUUCCAGCAGCUGCCAGCACCUUGCUCCUCGCGGCCUUUGGCGUGUUGACCCUCCUGCCCCACUGCCUUGUGGGUAAGCCGACAGAGGAGGAAAACGCAGGAAGCUCGGCGCUGCUGCAGAGGGUGAAGCGAGGCUGGGUGUGGAAUCAGUUCUUUGUCCUGGAGGAGUACACCGGACUGGAACCUCUUUACAUCGGAAAGCUCCACUCCGAUAUGGAUAAAGGCGACGGCUCCAUCAAGUACAUCCUGACGGGCGAAGGCGCCGGCACCACCUUCACCAUCGACGACAGCACGGGAGACAUCCACGCCAUCCAGAGGCUGGACCGGGAGGUUAAAGCCCAGUACGUCCUCCGAGCCCAGGCCCGGAACCGCCUGACGGAUCGGCCUCUGGAGCCAGAGUCCGAGUUCAUUGUCAAGAUCCAGGACAUCAACGACAACGAGCCGAGGUUCCUGGAUGGCCCCUACCAGGCGACUGUGCCAGAAAUGUCCAAAAUAGGAACAUCUGUGAUCCAGCUGACUGCCACAGAUGCCGAUGAUCCCACGUAUGGAAACAGCGCCCGGGUGGUUUACAGCAUCCUGGAGGGGCAGCCUUAUUUCUCGGUGGAUCCCAAGACCGGUGUGGUCCGGGUGUCUCUGGCCGACAUGGACCGAGAAACCAGAGAAAACUACACCGUGGUCAUCCAGGCCAAGGACAUGGGCGGCCAGCUGGGUGGGCUCGCCGGCACCACCACCGUCAACAUCACGCUCAGCGACGUCAACGACAACCCGCCCAUGUUCGACCAGAGGUUGUACCAGAUGAGCGUCCCCGAGUCGGCUCCUGUGGGCUCAGUGGUGGGUCGCAUCUGGGCGAAGGACAGGGACAUCGGGGUCAACGCCGAGAUGAAGUACAGCAUCAUAGACGGGGACGGCAGGGACACGUUCGACAUCAGCACCGACCCAACCAACCUCUUCGGCAUCAUCACGGUGAAAAAGCCGCUGAACUUUGAGAACAAGCCGAGCUACACUCUGAAGGUGGAGGGAGCCAACACCCACCUGGAUCCGACCUUCCGCCACCGCGGGCCGUUCAAGGACGUCACCAUUGUGCACGUGAGCGUGGAGGACGUGGACGAGCCCCCGCUGUUCGACUCGCCGGCCUACUUGAUCGAACUGCCAGAGGACGCAGAGAUCGGGACGGUGGUGAAGACGGUGUCGGCGAGGGAUCCGGACGCCGCCAACAACACUGUGAGGUACUCCAUCGAGAGGACCAGUGACCCCGAGAAGUUCUUCUACAUCGAGAUCACCUCCGGGGCGCUGAUGACGGUGCGUCCGCUGGACCGAGAGCAGAUCGGAUGGCACAACAUCACCGUCCUCGCCAUGGAGAUGAAUAACCCCUCGCAGAUCGCCAGCGUGUCGGUGGCCGUGAAGGUUUCGGACGUCAACGACAAUCCUCCGUCGCUGCCGCACUAUUUGGAGGCGUUUGUUUGUGAAAACGCCAAAGCAGGACAGCUGAUCCAGACAGUGACGGCGGUGGAUCCGGAUGAGCCCCUCGGUGGACAACAUUUCUACUACAGUUUGGCUCCAGAAGCCGCCAACAACCCAAACUUCACUCUGAGAGACAACCAAGACAACACAGCGUGGAUCCUGACUCGGCGUGGAGACUGGUCGCAGCACGACCAGACCGUCUUCUACCUGCCCAUCUUCAUCUCCGAUGGCGAGCAGCCGGUCCAGACCAGCACCAGCACGCUGACCAUCCGAGUGUGCAGAUGCGACCACGAGGGAAACGUCUUGUCGUGCAACGCCGAGGCCUACAGCCUGCCGGCCAGUCUCAGCAGGGGAGCGCUCAUCGCCAUCCUGGCCUGCAUCUUCGUCCUGCUGGUGAUGAUUCUGCUCAUGCUUUCCUUGCGGGCCCAUCGGAAGAAGCCCUAUCUGUGCGACGAGGAGGAGAACGUGCACGAGAACAUCGUACGCUACGACGACGAGGGCGGUGGCGAGGAGGACACCGAAGCCUUCGACAUCGCCGCCAUGUGGAACCCCCGCGAGGCGCACCACCACCUGGCCAAGAUGAGGCAGGACAUGCUACCAGAGAUCGAGAGCCUGUCGCGCUACGUCCCCCAGGCGUGUGUCAUGGGCGGCGGCGGCGACAGCAACGUCCACGGGUACGUUCUGGCGAAGCUCCUGGAGGCCGACUUCGACCCGUGCGCCCCGCCGUACGACUCCCUGCAGACCUACGCCUACGAGGGCGAAGGCUCGGUGGCUGAGUCGCUCAGCUCGCUCCAGUCGGGAACCUCGAACACCGACCACGAGUAUGACUAUCUCAACGACUGGGGGCCUCGCUUUAAAAAACUUGCCGAGAUGUACGGCGUGCUCGAGACAAACAGUCCUCCGAUGUGGUAGGAUGGAGGAACCUUUGCCUUUUUCAAUCUAGACCAAGAAACAGACAAAAAACACAACUGAGAAGUGACACAAUGAAGUCGGGAUGCGCUCGCACACCCGUGACUGUCAGAAAUUCCUGUCGAAGCCUCGAUUCUCCACAGCCUUGAAGGCCUGAGACGCCUGCAGCAGCGGUGUGAGCUGGUUUUAAAUCUCCCCCCAGAGAGGGGCUUCAGACACGGGCUGGAUUUGGCAGACUCUAGGGGGCCUCGCCGAGAAUCGGCUUCAAAGCACAUGUGAACUCCCCCGCCUGACGCAGCCACAAGCAGAGCCCCUUUGGUUCAAAGUGUUGAGCGAUUUGUGCCGGAGAUUAAAAAAAAAAAACAAGGACUACCUUUACUCACCGCAACACGAGGAGACAAACUCUGACAUCCACCGUUCAGACUUUGUGCUCAGAAAGCGAGGAGUCAUUGCUGCAUAUUGGUGUUUUUUUUUGUUUCAUCUGUGGCAGGUCUUAAUUUAUUUCCUUGUUCCGUGUACUGUAUUUAUAUGUUUUGCUAAAUUAUUUGGGGUCUUUUCAAAACCAACACUUGUACUUAAAACUGCCGAGGAAAUCUUCACGUACAUGUUGUAACAUACAUGAUGUUUUCAGUCCGUGUGAGAAGAUGCAUCUCUGUUUUGAGGUGUCCACGCUGUAUCCCAUGUGGGUUAUUGUACUAUUGGUUUCUGUCUUAUUUUUGAGCUGUGUGUAUCUUUCUUUUCCCAAAAAGAACAUAAAGCUGUUGUCCAUUCAUGAGGAUCAGAGGAAAGCCUUUUGAAAAUAUCUGGACAUACUUCAGCAGACGGUUGAAUCCCACCUGAGAUGUGUAGCACAGCGGGAAUGUCUGCACAUGGACGAGCACACAACCGAUUCGCCUUUUUUCAUUUCGGAUCCACCGCUGUGCCAACCGGGAGUCCGACGACAGCGAAGGCUCGAUCUGUCCCGUUUGAGAUACCGUGUUGCUUCUCUGCCACCACGCAAAUGUGGCUUUUAAUCCUCCAACCCUGUGGACUACAGAGACAUUGAUAAUCUGCAUUAAGUGCCAAAUGUAAAAAGGACAAAAGAGACAUUUUGGAAGACGAAUUCAAAAAAAGAAAGAAGAAGCAAAACACACAAACACCAAAAGGCAAAAAAGGAUUUUGCAGACAGGGAGGGGAAGCGGAGGUGCAUUUUGAUAAUUCAAUUAGGUGGAGUUUACUUGAAAUCCAUGUGGUCAUUCAUGCUACAAUAAGUGGUAUGUGAAUGUAGAUAAUUUUUGUAUUCUUGGUAAUAAAAAGAUAAAAAAUCA